UCUGGCAAUUUCUUAACAAAAAAUGAAUUUUCUGUAAAAUUGUUUUGUAGCCAUAAUAAUAAAAAAGUUGUAAUAUCAAAGUUGAAAAUUAAUAAAGUUAUUAAAAAACGAAUAAAAGAUGUUCAAUGGCAUGGUACAGACCAUACGAAAUAGUGUCGUAGGCACAUAUCCUUCAUGUCAUGUAAAUUCUCGUCUGAAUGAACGUAGAGCUAAGGCAAGAGCUUUGAGAGCAGAACGUAGACGUAAGCCGGAUAAACCUGAUGAUUUUGUAACUUAUGAAGAUUCCGGUAGUGAUGAAGAGACACCUCAACAACAAGAAGAAGUAUUGAAUACUUCCUACAAUAUAUUCGACUUUAUAAGAAGUAGAGAGAAUGGUUUAAGUGAGAGACGUAAUUUCAAUUUUGAACAAACAAGUCGUUAUGUUUUGACUCAUGAUAUGUUACGGGAGACCCAGAUCAAUUUGGGUUAUAUUAAUAAGGUUUUUUGCUCCAAGUGGCUAAGUAAUCGUCAAGUUAUCUUUGGUACCAAAUGCAAUAAGCUUCUUGUAUAUGAUGUUAAUAUGCGGCGAGUGGAUGCAAUUCCUACCUUAUCAACGAAUCGUGCUAAUCAUGCUGAGAUACAGGGUGGACUUCAUGCAAUUGAAAUUAAUCCAAGUCGUACUUAUAUGGCAACUGGUGCUCGAAAUUCUGCUGAUGUUGCUAUUUAUCGUUUGCCAACUUUGGAUCCCGUUUGUGUGGGAGAAAAUGGUCAUCGCGAUCUAAUAAUGGGUAUGUGUUGGUUAGACGAUCAGUUUUUGGUGUCAGGUUCGAAGGAUUCGCGUAUGGCUUUAUGGCGUAUAAAUGAAGAUCACAUGGAAUUUCCAGAUGGUGGCAAAGAAUCAUGUCCCACAUUUGCCACAAUAAAUCCAUUGUGUGUACGAGAUUGCCGUACGGCACAACGGAUACGUUCACUUUGUUUCAAUAAAGAAUUUCGUGAAAUAGCUGCUUUAUCCCUAAAUGGUUACAUACACGUCUUCAAUGCUGAAACUUUUAAACAAAAACUAUCACGUAAGCUGCCUAAUUGUCAAGAUAAUGUUAGUAUAGCAUACCAUAGCGAUGGUCUUUAUGCUAUAGGUUGCCGUUCUUAUACAAUUCUAUUGGAUACAAGAACAUUACAGACAAUAAAAAAGAUUACCUCGCGUUAUAGUGGUUGUGGCAUUAGGGCCACAUCGUUUGAGGGUAAUCUUUUGACAGUGGGCACUGGUCUGGGUAUGCUAUUGUUCUACGAUAUACGUGCUGGUAAAUAUUUGGAAAGUAGUGUUAAUGCUUCCCGUACGGUAACAUUGAAGUGCAGCAAAGGCAUAGUGUAUCCUGAAGAUGAAAUGGAUGGCUUUAAUGUUAAAUAUGUACCGGCUAUUUAUACACAUUGUUAUGAUAGCACUGGUAUGCGUUUAUUUGCCGCUGGUGGUCCUUUGCCAGCAACUUUAGUUGGAAAUUAUGCGGGUGUUUGGCAAUAGUGUUAAUUUUACGUAGCUUUUUCGAUUAAAAGAAGAAACAAAUUAAACAAAUGUGAGAAAUUAAAACUGACUAAUUAUUAAGUAAGACUUUAGCAAUAUUUAUUUAAAACAAUUACGAAACUAUGAUAAUGAAACUGUAUAUAAAAAUAUAUUUGUAUUAGGGGUAUAA